GCUAAAUGUCGGCAUGGCGCCAUCCGCGACUGUCCUGUGGUGCGUUCCCCCGCGAAAACGACUCGCCGGCGCCUCGCCUACGCGCGCUGACCGCUUUUCCCCGCAGGGAGCGCGUGGUGUACCCGGACGGCAAUCGUGAUGCAGUGGCCGCACUUUCGGCGCUCCUCGCGCCCGAUGUACAACUGACGGCGCCAGACGUGCAAGUCCUGUCCGCCGACGCGUCGCCGGCGCUCGAGGCGGCUUUGUGGGCGGUACGUGCUCCGCGCAGGAAUCGGGACCUUCAACGGGGUCGACAAAAAGUCAGAGUCAAGCCGCCCCCAAUAGACAUGCCAACGCGCAGGUCGAGCACGCGCCGCCCGCCACCAUCGUGCUCGUCUGCGACGCGCCCGGCGCCGACUUCGACGCGGCCUGCGAGCGGCUCCGGUCGGCCUCGUGAACAACGUCCUCGUACCGCACGUCGUGCAACAAUACGAACCGAACGGGCCCUUCUACGCGACGGGUGCCGGUGCCGCCCCGGCGCCGGCGCCGGCGUUCCCGUCGUUGCCGUCGACCGAGACCCUGGAGUCGCUGGCGACGUUCGACGGCCGCCGCUCGCCCUCGGCCUUCACGGCGGUCUCCUCGCGGAAGGAGCCGGCGCCGCCGACGCCGCCGAAGGAGCGCGAGAAGCGCGACUCCCUGCUCUGCGACGGCGACACCGUCGACGCCGUGCUCGGCUCCGUCUUCGACUGACUUCCUCUCUCUCCCUUCCACCAACGCCGGCGAGCUAUCCCGUUAAUGUUAGUUAUGAACAGACUAGUCGGACUUCUCGGCGACCUUCGUCACCUUCGUGGGCUCGGGCUCGCCCGUCGUCAGCAGGAGCAAAGCGAGCGGCAGGAUGAUGUGCCAGUAUUUGCGGAAGAAAGAGGUGGGGGGCGGCCGCUCCUCGUCCGCACCCGGGGCGCCCGGGGUGGCGCCGCCCGGCCGCGCGCCGCCGUCGCGCGGCAGCACGCUCCCGAAGCCCGAGGGCGGCCGCGCGACCUUGGCCUGGACGGGGAUCACCUGGGCGACGGCGUCGAGCGCUGGUGAGGCCGAAGACGUGAGCGCGGCGUCCUCCCCUGGCGCGCCCGCGUCGCAUCCCUCCAAACGCGCGUUCCGGUAGGCGAGCGCCACCACGUCGCCGCGCGCGUCGAGUGCCACGCUCAAAUCCUCCUCAUAAUUUGACGCCGCGAGGUCGCACGCCCGGAUCGAGGCGCUCGCCCAGGCCCGCGCGCCCUCGCGUCUUACUCUAAUUCGGUAGACGCCGUCCGCCUUGGCGAGGUCGGCGAAGGCGGUCGCGUUGGCGCCGACGAGCGGCAGGCUGUCCGGCGCGAAUUUCAGCUUGUUGUGGUUCGCGCGGUCCGGGUCGACGGUCAGCGUCGCGCGCCGCGCGUAGGUCGCGGUCGCGCCGAAGGCGUGCUCUACGUCGCACUUGUAUGGCGCCGCGGCGGCCGUCGCUGCCAGGAGGAGGUACAGGGCAUUCGGCAUGGUUUUUUUGACAGCAGGAGCGCUGCGGGUUGCGAGCUCUGGAGGCAGGGUGCCUUUUUUCCGGGUCCUGCAGAGCCGCGGCGGCUAACGCGGCCGAGCUUAAGCCAAAAGCAUGUGUGCGGCUG